AUAGUCUAUUGUCAUUAACAGCUGAUUAUGGUUGGAUUCUGACAUAUUUAUCUUCUCUGUUUAUAUAUUUGUCAUAUUGAUAUAAAAUUUAAUUAAAAAAAUUAAAAUUCAAAAUAUGGAUUUAGAAGACGAUAUUGAGGACGACAACCAAACUGUAUUUAUUACAUUCCCACCCUUAGUUCAAAAGGCAAUUGAAGAGGUAUUCCCAAGUAAAGAUCCUCUUGACGAGCCAGAUUUUAACAGCAUUGACUAUAUUAAUUCUUUAUUUCCAACGGAGCAGUCUCUUUCAAAUAUAGACGAAGUAGUUGUAAAGGUAGAAAAUAAAAUAAAUGCAAUAGAUAAUGAAAUAAGUACUGUAGUUCGGGGACAAAUUACAGCUAGCGAGGAAGGAAAGCAAGCUUUAGAAGAAGCACAAAAGGUUAUAAGACUGCUCUUUACUCACAUCACAGAUAUUAAACAACAAGCAGAAAAAUCAGAAGAGAUGGUUCGUGAAAUAACCAGAGACAUCAAGCAGUUAGAUUCAGCUAAAAGGAAUCUAACACUAGCCAUAACCACCCUGAAUCAUUUACAUAUGCUAGUAGGAGGAGUUGAUACACUUAAGUCUCUCACUCAAAGAAGAUUUUAUGGGGAAAUUGUGCUGCCUCUUCAAGCUAUUAGCGAAGUUAUGACUCACUUUGAAAACUAUUCCAACAUACCACAAGUGAAAAGUUUAAGUGACCAAGUAAAAUCCAUACAUCUGGAAUUGGCUGAUCAGAUAACACAUGAUUUUAAAGAAGCCUUUUCAGGUACAAACACAAAAGUUGUUCUUCCCAACAAACAACUAGCUCAGGCUUGUUUAGUUUUGUCAAUUUUGGACCCAAGAGUUAAAAAAGAACUGCUGAAAUGGUUUGUGAACUUACAACUGCAAGAAUAUAGUCAUCUAUUUGAAGAAACAGAAGAUACAGCUUGGCUGGAUAAAAUAGAUAAGAGAUAUGCAUGGAUAAAGAAACAUUUGUUGGAGUUUGAAGAUAGACUGGGCAAUAUGUUCCCACAACAUUGGGAAGUAUCCGAACGAAUAGCAGUCCAGUUUUGUCACAACACAAGGGAAGAGCUAGCUAAAAUCAUGGUGAAGAGAAAAAAUGAAAUAGAUGUUAAAUUGUUGCUUUAUGCUAUUCAGAAAACAUCGGCAUUUGAAGGUCUUUUAGCCAGAAGGUUUACUGGUGUAACAUUGUCUGAAAAUAGCGAACCCUCCAAGGAAACCACAGAAAAUAGAAAAGAAUUAAAUGAAUCAAAAAGUGAAGAUAAAGAUGGCGAUAUUAAUUCUUCAGCUUUUCAUGGAUUAAUAGGCAAAUGUUUCAUUCCCCAUUUAGAAAUCUAUAUCGAAAGCGUUGACAGAAAUCUCGCCGACCUCAUAGAACGUUUCGUUUUGGAUCAAAAACAAAGUAAACCAACAGAAGCCACAGAGACUCAAGCGUCAAUUCUACCCAGUUGUCCGGAUUUGUUCGUUUUCUACAAAAAAAGUAUGAUCCAGUGCAAUCAACUGGACAAAGGCCACACUAUGUUGAAUUUAACCAAAACUUUCCAAAAGUAUCUACACGAAUAUGCUGAGAAGCUACUUUUGAGUAAUUUGCCGAAAAUUGAGCCACAAAGUUUGGGUACAUCUGUGCAAAACUUUACUAAGGAUUUGCAGAAAAUAUCUACAUCAGGGUUAAUACAGAAUUUUUCGUCUUUAUUAAAGGAAGGAGAAUUGACCAGGUUUACUAAAGACGAGCAAACCAAGAUAUGUUGCAUCCUAACUACUGCUGAAUAUUGUUUAGACACCACACAACAACUGGAAGAUAAACUGAAGGAAAAGAUAGAGCCCUCUUUAGUAGAUCAAGUUGAUUUAACCAAAGAACAGGAUAAUUUCCACAAAGUUAUAUCUAGCUGUAUUCAAAUUUUGGUGCAGGAUUUGGAAAAUUCAUGUGAACCUGCAUUAACAGCAAUGAGUAAGGUACAAUGGCAAAACGUGGACACAGUAGGUGACCAGAGUUCAUACAUCACAGCCAUAACAACUCACCUGAAAACCAACGUUCCUAUAAUCCGAGAAAACCUGUCACAAUCUCGUAAAUACUUCACUCAGUUCUGCAUCAAAUUUGCCAACAGUUUCAUUCCCAAAUUCAUCCAAAACAUCUACAAGUGCAAACCGAUAAAUACGGAGGGCGCGGAACAGCUUCUGUUAGACACACACAUGCUGAAAACGGUAUUGUUAAACCUGCCGUCUAUUGCGUCACAGAUAAAUCGCCCGGCACCAGCUGCGUAUAUCAAGGUGGUCACUAAAGGAAUGACAAGGGCAGAAAUGAUUUUGAAGGUGGUUAUGACACCGAUCGAACCUUCGAAGAACUUUGUUGAGCAGUAUAAGAAAUUGUUGCCGGAUAGUCAACUGCCGGAGUUUCAUAAAGUGUUGGAUAUGAAGACUGUGAAGAGACAGGAUCAGGUAGUGCUGUCGGAUAUUUUUAAAAGCUAUAAGUAGAGGUUUUAUCAUGUUUGCGUCACAUUUGUGAGAGAGAUUAAGAAAAGUGUGCAAUUUAAGUUAACUGUGUGUUACGUGGAAUUUUUGUAGAAUGAAUGUUGAAAUGCAAAUUGACUGGAUACUAAACGAACGAUGAUUUACAGUUUUCUCUAAAACUUUGAAAACGUUUUAUAAUUCUUCUGCUUUAUGUUUAGUUACUCGAAAGUACUUAAUGGAUAUUCCCAAGCAAGGACACAAUAGCCAAAUUAUCUCUUACUUAAAUAUUUUAUUCUCUCAUUGAACAUGAAAAUUAAUUGCGAUUCAUUGAUUUUGAAUUGAUUAACGGCAAAUUAUCCUUUAAUGUCCACUACUGAAUAUCGAAACACUUUAAUAUAUUCCAAUGGACUGCCGGAGUGAUGAGAUGACUUAGAUUUUAUUUAGAUCUGUCUGUUUCACUUUCCAAAUAAACCUUGUUUAGUGUG